UUUAUUUAUAUCCGAUAACUAGAUUCUAACGUAAAACGAAUCUAACUCUUUACUUCUAUUGACUUCUGUUGACUUUUAUAUAUUUUAAUUUAUCGUUUAUUUAUCCAAGUAAUUGUCAAUACAAAUUUUUAUAGUUUAAUCUUAAUUGUUUGAUUGAUCAUUACCUAUUGUGAACAAAAUUUAAAAUUUUGUAUAAAAUGUUACACGUGAUUGGAUUAGGCCUUGGCGAUGCAACAGAUAUAACUGUAAAAGGUCUUGAAAUUAUUCGAAUGAGCGAUCGUGUCUAUUUAGAAUCAUACACAUCAAUUUUGUCUAUCGAUUUGAAGGAUUUGGAACGAUUUUACGGAUGUUCGAUACUUGAGGCGGAUAGAGAAUUAGUGGAAAAUAACGCUGACGAAAUAUUGCCAAAGGACGAGAAGGAAAAUGUUGCUUUUCUAGUUGUGGGUGAUCCAUUUGGUGCUACUACACAUUCCGAUCUAAUUUUAAGAGCUCGGGCAAAAAAUAUAAAGGUAAAAGUUAUUCACAAUUGUUCCAUAUUAACUGCAAUAGGAUGUUCCGGUUUACAAUUGUAUCGUUUCGGAGAAACUGUUUCUAUUCCUUAUUGGAGCAUAGAUUGGCAACCGAAUAGUUUCUACGAUAAAAUAAUCUCCAAUAGAAGAAGAGAUCUUCACACGUUAUGUUUAUUGGAUAUUAAAAUAAAAGAACCUACUAUAGAGAGUAUUAGCAAAAAGAAAAGAGAAUAUAUGCCAACGCGAUUUAUGAGCGUGUCGGAAGCUGUUACUCAACUGUUAAAAAUUAUGGAGGAAAAAAUGGAAGAAAAUAAGGAGGAAAUGGUUUUAUUAAAUAAAUCCAGCCUUGCGAUUGGUUUAGCUCGUAUAGGUUGGGACAAUCAACGUAUCGUUGCUUGUUCUCUUGAAAAAAUGGCUUCUACCGAUUUGGGUCCUCCUCUUCAUUCUUUGAUCAUUCCUGCUACAAACUUACAUCCUCUCGAAUCAGAAUUUAUGUCUCUAUAUAUGUACGAAUAAGAGUUUUCAAAUAUUGCAUUAAAACGGAUGAAAACAUUUCGUCGUCAAAAAGUUGAAGAGUUAAUUAUGUAUUACUCUGUAUAAAAUUAAUAUUGGAAUAUGAAUUGCUACGAUAAUAAAAAAAAAAA